AGAUAUUUUGUAACAACUUGCCCAAUGAAAAUGAGGGUAUCACUGUUAUUUUUAUUUGUUAUUGUCUUUGGAAUAUAUAGUUAUAAUUUUACUGAGGCUAGAGAGCCUGUAUGUUCUAAAUUUGCAUAUGAAGAACAGCUUUUAGAGAAAAUGAUAAGGACCGAAAUUAAGGUAGAAACUAUGGUGAAUGAAAUUAAGAAAAUUGAGGAUAAUGUCAUACGCACAUUAGGCGACAUUAAACAAACAGUUGCUGAUUUUAUGGACAUGUUUGCACAAAAGAUAAGAGGAAACAUAACGGACGAGAUGUUAAAGAGAGGUGAUGAAAUGAACAGGAGAGAAGAAUCGUUCAAAACAUUAUUUGAGGAAACAAGAAUAAACCUGACUAGUGACAUCGAGGCUGAAAAAGAGAAACUUUUUCAACUCCAAGGAAAACUCGAACAACCUCCGAUCGCUUUCUACGCACAUUACGUGAAAGAUCUGGGUUCUUGA